UAGUGAUGAGUGAUGAGAAGAAGGCAGCAAUGCAAUACGAUAAAAGCUAGUAAAAGUGAUUGUCAGAUUUACCCAAUAGGAUGGCCAACAACUUGCUUCCCCUUUUCUCUCUACAUUUCAACAUCUCUUCAUUAUUCACUCCUCUCUCUCUCUCUCUCUCUCUCUCUCUCUCUAAUAAGCUCUAGAGAGAGAUGAGAAAGAGAGAGAGUUGGGAAUGGGGCACUAUUGGGUAAUGUUGGGGUCUUCUCCAACACAAAAGAGGUACUUAAGCAGACAAAAGGUAGUGUUUGGAGAUAAAAGGCUCAAGGGGUUUUGCCCUAUCCCCAUAUAUAUACCCAAACCCUCCUUGCUUCUGCUUUUCCAUACACAAUAUCUCUCUAUUAUUCCUUCCUGCAAACUCUCUCUCUCUCUCUCUCUCUCUCUCCAAAAGAUGGAAGGUAUCAUGAUGCCCUCAAGAAAGUUCAAGAGAAUCUGUGUUUUCUGUGGAAGUAGAGCAGGUAACAAACCAUCAUUCACUGAUGCAGCUCUUCAGCUUGGCAAACAACUGGUUGAAAGGAAGAUUGAUCUUGUUUAUGGUGGAGGAAGUGUAGGAUUGAUGGGCUUGGUCUCCAAAACUGUCUUUGAUGGUGGCUGUCAUGUUUUGGGAAUAAUUCCUAAAGCUCUAGUGGCACAUGAGAUAUCUGGAGCAAGUGUUGGAGAAGUAAUAAUUGUGGCAGAUAUGCAUAAAAGAAAGGCACAAAUGGCCAAAAAUGCUGAUGCUUUCAUUGCCCUUCCUGGUGGUUAUGGAACCAUGGAGGAAUUGUUAGAGAUUAUUGCUUGGUCUCAGUUGGGAAUUCAUGACAAACCAGUGGGAUUGUUGAAUAUUGAUGGAUACUAUAAUAGCUUGCUUGCAUUGUUUGACAAGGGAGUGGAGGAAGGCUUCAUUGAGGAUUCAGCAAGAAAUAUAGUUGUCUUGGCAGACUCACCAGACCAGUUGAUCAACAAAUUGGAGGAAUAUGCACCAGUGCAUGAAGCAGUGGCACCUAGACAAAGUUGGAUAGUUGAUGAUCAAUGGGCAACUACAAGUGGAUGAUAUAUAUUAAUUAAUUAAUAUAAAAUUUGAGUUAGUCUUGGUUGAGGAUUUUGAAGGAGUUAGUCAGAGGUUUCAAGGAUGCAGGAAGAAAUGAUUUUAAAAUUAGACUUAAAAUUAAUGUAUUUUUGGAAAAAUUGUAUCGUUUGAUGCAACUUACUCCACCAUAUAUAUGAGGUAUGUUUGAUUCAUUUUAUUUCUACCAUUUAUGUUAGUUAAUCACUGGCAUAUGUAUUUAGUUUGGUUUGUUUGUUAUGGUGCGUUCAAUAAUUAAUUUAUCAAUAACGAUAAAUGUAGAUAUGUUUUAAUUUCCUAUGCUUCAAUACGUAUACGUAUGAAAACGGUGAAAACCUUGUAGCA